AUGCACAGAACAUAUUCUGUAAGAAGCACUCGUACCUCUGGCACUUCCCAGGCAAAUUUUUUUCCUUUACCUGUAUCUUCAACAAAAGCCAAUCGCUUUUUUGGAUUAAGGUCUAUUGGACAUUCAUUCAGAAAGUCAUCUGCUGCAAUCUUUUCACCAGAUCUUGCUAGGCGCCUUGCUGUUCUUAUUAAGAUGGAAAAAAAUGUAAUGCGUUCAUAUGAGCUUGUUGGUCGAGAACGUAAAGAAGUUGCUAAACAAUUAUCUUUAUGGGGAGAAGAUUGUGAUGACGAUAUUUCCGAUAUAACUGACAAGCUUGGGGUUCUUAUUUAUGAAAUUGGUGAAUUAGAGGAUAGUUUUAUUGAUCGUUAUGAUCAGUAUAGAAUGACAAUGAAAUCAAUUCGUAACAUUGAAGCAUCAGUACAACCAUCUCGUGAUAGGAGACAAAAACUAAUUGAUCAAAUAUAUAUGUUAAAACAUAAGGAACCUGAUUCUCAAAAGCUUCUUGUCUUGGAACAGGAGCUUGUUCGUAUUGAAGCUUCAUGUCUUGUUGCUGAGGCUCAGCUAAAUAAUACUACAAGAGAAAAAUUAAAAACUGCAUUUACUUAUCAAUUUGAUGCAAUUAAAGAACAUUCAGAAAAAUUGGCUUUAAUAGCAGGAUAUGGAAAAUAUUUACUUGAGCUUUUAGAUGAUAGUCCUAUAACGCCAGGUGAAGCACGUGCAACAUAUAAUGGUUAUGAACAAUCUAAACAAAUAAUUAUUGAUUGUGAAAAUGCUCUUUCUCAAUGGAGUUUUGAAACAUCAUCUAUAAAACCUACUAUUUCGUUUCAUAACAAAAUUGAUGAGCUUACUGAUGGUCUUUCAAAUCAAAAUAAAAAUCUUCAAAAUGACUCUUUUUGGGUUAGUAAUAUAAAGGACGAAAAACGACCUCAAGAAUUAGAAGAGUCAAAUAAAAUCAUUCUUGCCGCAUAGUUUAUGGAUUAUUAUUUUUCAUAGAUUUCGCAAGUAUAUAUA